GUGAAAUAACAUGGCUGCCGAUCAGAGGUUUUGUUGACAUUGUAAGAGGUGAUUGACAUUUGUGGUGUUAAUUCUGCUAAUUAACCAGUUUGCUCUGCUUGCCACUGUUGUGGCAUCGGCCGGACCAAGAACAAUCAAGUGACAGUGGUAACAUGCAUUUUGUGGUGUCUGCGAGAAGUUGAUGAUUUGUAAAUAUGCGGGCAGUAUAUUUCCUUCUUGGUGGUCUUCUUUUUUGGAUUCCAGCGUGUCAUUCCAAGUUUAAAUCAGUAGUACAGUGUCCAGAGUUGGGGUCCUUCCUGAAUGGUGAGGUGAAGCAAGAUAUGUACAAUGGACAAAGGAAGUUCAAGUGCAACUCAGGCUACAAGAUGGUAGGGGAGGCCAAACAGGUGUGUGGGGAGACCGGCCAGUGGCAGCCCCCGUCUGGGCCUGUUUGUGUGCAGGCUGCUGUACAGUCGGGUCAGUGUAUAUACAGUGGAAAACAUUACAACCAUGGAGAAGAGUUCCAUCCCAGGCCCUGUGUAACAUGUGCCUGUAAUCAUGGGAGGAUGAUGUGUGAGAGACAGAACGUGUGCCCACAGCUCACCUGCCCCAAGAUUGACCAGCUACAGAUACCUGGAGAAUGCUGUCCUGUCUGUAAAGACCAUGCACACAUUGGACGGUGCCAGCCUCCACACUUCCUCAACGCCAAGAUUCGCUACGAUUCUUGGACCCCUUUCAACCAGUCCCAGAAAGCUACAGUGGUGUGUGAUCCUGGCUUUACUACCAUCACUGAGGGUUACAAGGAGAGCUUCCGCAUCACCUGCAGCACCAUCGGUCUGUGGGUCAUGGAGGAUGGAAUAACUCCCUUGCCACAAUGCUUAAUGAAGCGGUGUCCCCUGGCCCCCACAGUGCCCCAUGCUGUGUAUCGGUAUCGAUCCUACCCUCCUGUCGUCGGGGAGGGUUCCCAGAUCCUCUACAUCUGCAACGCAGGCUAUGAGUUCGUCGACCCCAGCGCCUCCAAUCUGACCUGUCACCGGGGUGCAUGGGUUGGACCCAUUCCUCGCUGCGUUAAGAUGCAGACUUGUCAAUCCCCACCCGAUAUAAAUGCUGGCUACUUCACAAACUCAUUGACCACGAAGAACAUCUUUGGCAGCUACUACAUCGGGUCAAAGGUGACCUACAAGUGCCACGAUGGCUUCCAGCUGAUGGGGUACCAGGUGUUGGAGUGUCUCAGCUCCAGCACCUGGUCCAGCAUCCCGCCCCAGUGUCUCCCUGCUGGAGAAACAAGUUUCUACUGUCAAAAUAUGAGGAAUAUUAAUUACGGUCACUGCAAGUGUCAUCAGGAGACGAACACCGACCUUCAACUGUGCCAGCCGUUCUACCGCGGGGUGGAGGUCGAGUGUGGGUGCAAAACUGGCUACCACCUGGAGGGUGCGUCACUCCUCACCUGUGUCCAGAGCACCUCCAACCCGAUGAUUGGCACCUGGGACCAUGAGAUGCCCUACUGUGUUCCAGUUGACCCUGGAGAUGUGGGGCCGGUGGACACUUAUUCAACAGGCGACAUCACAGACAUGCGGAGUCACGUCAGCACACUGGUCAUUGUCAUAGCCACUGCUUGCAGUGUCUUGGGAGUACUGCUUCUUAUCAUGGUCAUUGUUGUGUUUCGACGCCGCAAGCCACGCCCACACCUGUUCCAUCCUGGCACCACCCCCCUCCCUUACUCACGUGUUCACAGCGACUCCAUAGAUGAGCAUGACAGGCUGGCGCUUAUGGCAUAUGCUGACGCAACGCGAGUCCAUCUCCCAACUUACGACGAGGCCACGUCGGGGCACUGCAGGCCAAGUGUAAAUCACCAGCCCUCACAGCUGCCACAAGUGAACCCUACCACUGAAUUCAGACCACUUCCCAGCAUUCCACCAACACUGCGCACCAACACUGCCGUUGCCGGGGACAACACAAACAGGCAUUCAACAGUGACAACAAGCACCAUCAACAGAGAUGGAACAUCUGAGAUAUUUGGUUCACUAGAUACAGUCAACGUGAGCAUGAGUGAUGCCUCAACUUCUGUUACUGUGGAAACGUAUGACAGUGGUACCUCCAUGAGAUCUAUAGCUUCCCAAGAGGCGACUGCGGGCAGUUUCACCGCAUCAGAUGAUAACCUGGCAAAUGAGGAUGUACCACUGCUGGAGAAUGCUGGAGAAAACAACAGUGACACAUCCAGCGAGAUCCUACUCACCAAUCAGGAACAGAAGGAGGAGUAGUUGCCAUGGCAACCUGUGGUGUGUCUGAGAUGUACAUAGCCUCCCACUGAGUGACAGCUGGUUGAGUGUGUGUGACAGCAGACAGGCUGUUAUGUGUGAAAUGUUCAAGACUGUGUCAGACACUUGAUACAGCCAAGUGCGAAAUCAGCAUAUACAGUUUUGUGUAUUGUAAGUUACAGUGAAACGGGUGAUAACAGAACUACUUUGUUUACCAUUUGUUUACCACAGUGAAGAAGCAAACAUGGUUUGAAUGUGUAAUUAGACUUCACCAAGAUGUCUGUUGCAUUUGACAUACAGUAUGCACUAGACCAUCAGCUUCUUGUGUUAUUAUGUGCUACACUCGAUAUAGACUCAGGACUGGGGACUUACCCUGGGAGCAGGGAGCUUGUUCUUCUCCAAUUGCAUGAUGAUAGUUGUGACAGUAAGGUGAAGGUGAGUGAAAGGAAGGGUAUGUUCCCAACACAAGCAUGUGUCACACUACUAUACUGCCUGGGAGGUUAUACAUAGGACUGACUUUACAACUUUCAACUCGGCAGUACUCAUACGUAGUGGAUGGUCUGAAAUUAAUGUCAUCAACAUUUUGAAGUACAGAAAAGGUCAUUUUAACAAUAUAUGCAUAAUGUUCCAGUAGAUAAUGUUCUAUUUGAUAGAGGGUAAGUGAUCUCCUCAAGAACAAGAAGGUUGUAUACAUUCAGCAUACGUCAGGUAUCUAUAUAAGUCAUAGUUCAAAUGAUCAUCAUUUCUCUCUCGGCCAUGUCAUGUCAGGUAGUGGAAACAUGUAAAGGUUUAAUCUCAAUAUUUCUAUUGGAGGAAAGGAAACCAUUGUAAAAAAAUCCAUGAUGAUAUGUCGGAACCACAUGACUUCAGUGGCUUCAUGCCGCUUCCACUUAUUGUAAUUCUCAACAAAAACACCUGUGUCAGUGUUUGUUUGUUUUGUUCAUGAUCAUGUACAACUUGUCCAACCUCUAUAUAGAUAGGACUAGACCAUGUAGACUGUGGUGAAUCAUAUCCUUCAGAUGCUUCAUUCUGUCAAGGGAAUACAGUCACAGUAAACCACAAUCUUGUCCUGUGUACUUAAGUACCUCUCUACUUGAGAAUCUGACAACCCUAGGAGGUUGCCUCAGGUGGACCCAGAAUGAAAUUUGACCACUUGGUCGAAGUAAAGAAUGCGUAAGGUCAAUCAGGUAUAAGUUUUUUGUAACAAUGGGGAUUCCUUUCUUUACACCUCAAUUUUAACAAAAGAAACCUUAUGCUUUUGAUAUAGUACACCCUUUUGGGUGUAGACAGGCUCAGGAACAACAGGAUGUAUAAAAUAUCCACAAAGAUAUAAUAACACAGCCUCUUUUAUUUUGCAAGUGCCCGUUUAUUCUAUUUUGUGUACCGAGAUACAGAAAUCAGAAAUACUGCUCUGAAUUUUUCACAGGCUCAUACUGAGAAUUUAAAAAACUUUGAUUGGCUGAUUGGAAUAUUCAUCUGAUGCUCGUCUAUGGAGGGUCUGUCAGAAGUUCUCACAGAGAGAUAUUGUGUAGCAGUAAUAUCCGAGGGCAGGUGCCCACUUCCCUUUGGGCAGCAAUGGAGGUAGACAGGUAAACCCUGCAGGUGACCACCAGCUGACACUUGAUUUGUAAUGGUGUACCCAACAAGGGAACAAAGCAUUUGCAUAAUCAUUCUCAGAUCUGUAGUAAAUUUAGGCCCCAGAAGAAUUUCUCACAGUAUAUUGCAGAUGGGUUUGUAGGAUAUUAAAUGUACCGGUAAAUAAGGCUUCAAACACAUUGGCCAUGUUAUUUAUCAUUUUACAUUUAUAAUGAUUUUUGGUGUUAUUCACUGAAACAUGAGACAUCUUGCAAGGAGUCUGAUCUGCAAAAUUGAUUAUUCAGUAUAUUUAGACUACAUGGUGUGUGGUGAUAAUUUGGGCAUUGAAGAAGUGAUGGUUGGUGAAGAUAUCUCCCUAUUACUCAUUACCAUAUUAUAUGGACAACUGGACCUCAUUGUCAUGUUUACUGCAGAAAAAUCAAAAGCCUUCUGAAGCACAAUUUUGUUACAUUCCUGUUCUUGUUUGUGUCAAUUCUUAUGCUCUUCGGCCAGUGUUUGUUAUAUUGUGGAGAUGCUGACUUCCUUCCCAAGGUCAGUCUCAGUGCCAGUGUCUGAGAUUGGCUGGGAGUAGGAGUUAUAUUAGUUUUAUAGUGCUCACAAUCAUAUUAGAUGUUGCAGCUACACACAGACCGUGGUCUCGGAUCUCCAGUUCCACUACACACAGACCAUGGUCUCGGAUCUUCAGUUCCACUACACACAGACCAUGGUCUCGGAUCUUCAGUUCCGCCACACAGACCAUGGUCUUGGAUCUACAGUUUCGCUACAACACAGACCAUGGUCUUGUAUCUUCAGUUCCACAACACACAGACCAUGGUCUCGGAUCUACAGUUCCACUACACAGACCAUGGUCUCGGAUCUACAGUUCUUCUACACACAGACCAUGGUCUCGUAUCUUCAGUUCCACUACACACAGACCAUGGUCUCGUAUCUUCAGUUCCACUACACACAGAUCAUGGUCUUGUAUCUGCAGUUACACUACACACCAACCUCGUCUGAGGUCUACAGCUCCGGUACACCGACCAUGGUCUCGGAUCUACAGUUCCGCCACACAGACCAUGGUCUCGGAUCUACAGUUCCACUACACAGACCUUGGUCUUGGAUCUACAGUUUCGCUACAACACAGACCAUGGUCUUGUAUCUUCAGUUCCACAACACACAGACCAUGGUCUCGGAUCUACAGUUCCACUACACAGACCAUGGUCUCGGAUCUACAGUUCUGCUACACACAGACCAUGGUCUCGUAUCUUCAGUUCCACUACACACAGACCAUGGUCUCGUAUCUUCAGUUCCACUACACACAGAUCAUGGUCUCGGAUCUACGGUUCCACUACACAGACCGUGGUCUCGGAUCUACAGUUCCACUACACACAGACCAUAGUCUCAGAAGUACAGUUCUGCUACUUACAGACCAUGGUCUUGGAUCUACAGUUCUGCUACACACAGACCAUGGUCUGGGAUCUACAGUUCCACUACACACAGACCAUGGUCUCAAAUCUACAGUUCUGCUACACACAGACCAUGGUCUCGGAUCUACAGUUCUGCUACACACAGACCAUUGCCUUUGAUCUACAGUUCUGUUACACAGAGACCAUGGUCUGGGAUCUACAGUUCCACUACACACAGACCAUGGUCCUAGAUCUACAGUUCUGCUACACACAGACCAUGUUCUAGGAUCUACAGUUCUGCUACACACAGACCAUGGUCUCAUAUCUUCAGUUCUGCUACACACUGACCUUGGUCUCGUAUCUUCAGUUCAGCUACUCACAGACCUUGUUCUUGUAACUUCAGUUCAGCAAAUCACAGACCAUGGUCUCAUAUCUUCAGUUCAGCUACUCACAGACCUUGGUCUCGUAUCUUCGGUUCAGCUACACACAGACCUUGGUCUCGUAUCUUCGGUUCAGCUACACACAGACCUUGGUCUCGUAUCUUCAGUUCAGCCACUCACAGACCUUGGUCUCGUAUCUUCGGUUCAGCUACACACAGACCUUGGUCUCGUAUCUUCGGUUCAGCUACACACAGACCUUGGUCUCGUAUCUUCGGUUCAGCUACUCACAGACCUUGGUCUCGUAUCUUCGGUUCAGCUACUCACAGACCUUGGUCUCGUAUCUUCAGUUCAGCCACUCACAGACCUUGGUCUCGUAUCUUCAGUUCAGCUACACACAGACCUUGGUCUCGUAUCUUCGGUUCAGCUACUCACAGACCUUGGUCUCGUAUCUUCAGUUCAGCCACUCACAGACCUUGGUCUCAUAUCUUCAGUUCAGCUACACACAGACCUUGGUCUCGUAUCUUCAGUUCAGCUACUCACAGACCUUGGUCUCGUAUCUUCAGUUCAGCUACACACAGACCUUGGUCUUGUAUCUUCAGUUCAGCUACUCACAGACCUUGGUCUCUUAUCUUCAGUUCAUCUAAGCACAGACCUUGGUCUCGUAUCUUCGGUUCAGCUACACACAGACCUUGGUCUCGUAUCUUUAGUUCAGCUACACACAGAGCUUGGUCUCGUAUCUUCGGUUCAGCUACUCACAGACCUUGGUCUCGUAUCUUCAGUUCAGCUAGUCAUAGACCUUGGCCUCGUAUCUUCAGUUCAGCUACUCACAGACCUUGGUCUCGUAUCUUCAGUUCAGCUACUCACAGACCUUGGUCUCGUAUCUUCAGUUCAGCUACUCACAGACCUUGGUCUCGUAUCUUCAGUUCAGCUACUCACAGACCUUGGUCUCGUAUCUUCGGUUCAGCUACUCACAGACCUUGGUCUCGUAUCUUCGGUUCAGCUACUCACAGACCUUGGUCUCGUAUCUUCGGUUCAGCUACUCACAGACCUUUGUCUCGUAUCUUCGGUUCAGCUACUCACAGACCUUGGUCUCGUAUCUUCGGUUCAGCUACUCACAGACCUUGGUCUCGUAUCUUCGGUUCAGCUACUCACAGACCUUGGUCUCGUAUCUUCGGUUCAGCUACUCACAGACCUUUGUCUCGUAUCUUCAGUUCAGCUACUCACAGACCUUGAUCUCGUAUCUUCGGUUCAGCUACUCACAGACCUUGGUCUCGUAUCUUCAGUUCAGCUACUCACAGACCUUGGUCUCGUAUCUUCAGUUCAGCUACUCACAGACCUUGGUCUCGUAUCUUCGGUUCAGCUUCUCACAGACCUUGGUCUCGUAUCUUCGUUUCUUCUCCUCACAGACCUUGGUCUCGUAUCUUCAGUUCAGCUACAACACACAAUUGCCUUGGUAUACACACUGGCUGUAUUUAUGAUGUUUUCUGGUAGUCUCUCCGCAUGUUGAACUGUUGUGCUCUAACGUCAUCAAAUCAGUGUAUCUGCCAAUGUGAAGCCGGGAAUCAUUGACUAAAGACCUAAUUGUCAAAAAUGCAGCAUUAUGUAUCAAGCAAGAAGGGAAGCAAUUAAGCAAUUUGCAGUAUGUCGUAUAGUGCAUAUGGAAGAAGAAGGGAUUAAUGCUGUAAUGUUCUUUAACCUAUCACAAUCAGCAGUAUUCAAGUGCUUUUUCAUCUCGUCAUCAAUGGAAUGUCACUGCAUGUUCUCAUUGGUAUGCAAAAACAUCACACUAACCUAUGGAUAUGAUUUCUUAAAAAUAUAUUUAAAAGCGGUUAAAUUAUUAUCAAAUGUUUUUAUCCUUCAAUGUGAAAAUGUUAACCUUAAUGAUUUGCCUGUAUGCCCCUAAGGUAAAGUGUGAAUUUGGUGUUGCAGUUAGGAAGUGCACCUAACGCAACACAAAUCACACAAACUUCCUUCUUUGUUCCUUUGGACAUUUAGAGUGGAUAGUACAGAGAGAUAUUUUUCUAAGAAAGGUUAAAUACUUUAACUACAAACCAGCAGACAUUCUUAACAUGUGUCUGUAGAACACUCUAACACCUGGGAACUCAUAUUUUCACUCAUAAAAAACAAAAUGAUUUUCAUCAUUUUCAAAUAUAAACAGCAAACAAUUUUAUAUUUGUUUAUUUGUACAUAUGAAGGUACAGCAACUCUGGCUAGAUAAUUAUUAUGAAGUAUGUAGCAGUAUGUAUGAAGUAUGUAGUACAUAUGACUUUACUUGAGAUUCUGGAGCCUGGAAAUUUAAAUGUGGAGUAGUUAUGAUGUGUGAAAUAUCAGUCUUUUCACUUACCUUAAGAUGCUGGGUAAAAUUAGUCACUUAUUUAUCUGAAUCAAAUAUAGGCAUGAUUUAUGAUCCAUGUGCGUUGGUGUGUAAUCUGUCAUAUUGAGUUCUCCAAGGUAAAACGAGGGACCACUCUAAGGAUGCUCUCCGUAUAAUCAGUAAUGUUCAAUGUUCAGUGUUUCAUCAUUGCUGCCUGGUUGAUUAUGUGUACCAAAUUUGUUAUAAAUAAUAUAGAUAUUACUUAUUUUACAGAAGAUGUUUCUUGUCAUGAUGUUUAUGUCUUGUGUGCUUUUUAUUACUUACCCUCUACAUGUUUGUCAGACAAGUAUUUAUUGUCUUUGAUGACAUGGAAUGUUGAUGUGCAGUCUUAUCCCAGGGGAGGUCUCUGUAAGGCCACAAUCCCUCAGUAAGUGUUACGAGGGUCUGCUGUUCCCCAGGUGCCGCAGACUGUGAUGGCCCCUCCCUUCUGAAGAUGUGUCCAGUACAGGCUAUUUAUUGAACACUGUGUGGCAGUGGUACCAUGUUGUAUACAGUCAUCACAUGGCUUACUCAUAGUACAUGUAGUACCAGGCUAGCAAUGACACAAAUGAAGGAAGUGCAAUGUUUUCCAGUGUACAGACUAGUUCCUGAAAUGCUGUUAAUACUGUGUAAGCUGUUUGUGAUAGAUAAUGGUACGAAGUGUUGAUGUCCGCGUCGGGAUUCUGACAGGCCAGUUGGAGUACUAAGUGAUACUUUCCAAGGUUAACAUCGAAAUAGAUUUUAAUACUUUGUUCCUGUUUUUUAUGUAUAUAUAAAACUGGAUGCUCUGUAUGCAUAGUAUGUAAGAAACUGAAAGUUACACAACUCAACAGUUCCCCUCUUUCCUCACUUUUCAUCUCAAGUCAUACCAAUACAGGAAUAGAGGUUGUCCCAUCUUUGAAAUCAAAUUAGGAAUGAGUUUUUACGCUAUCCCACCAACCUCCUGUGCUCUUGUGUUCUCCACUGAGUGUGACCGUGCUGCAGAGUGUUGUCAGUGUAUGGUCUACGGGAGGUGGGUCUCCUUGUUCCUCACAUCCUCCAGAUCUGAUCAGCACUCUUUGUUCACCUUUACAUGUAUUAGUGUUUAUUUAGAUAUAUUGCCUUUCAUUUCUACUUGUCAGUCUUUAUAAAUGUGAUAUUUUGUGACGACUUAAGUUUACAUGAGGGAUGGUUUUGUAAGGUGGUUUAAAAUUUUAUACUUCAGUAUUUAGUAUACAAGAUUGCUUAGGAAGGAAUUUUGUGUUUCUGGAAACAUCAGAUUUUAAAACAAGGAAGAUAGUUUUAUCUCAUUCCAUGUCUCUCCAGGAAAGUGAGAAGUCAGCUGAUUAAUCAUUCUUGUGAACGAAAGGUAUUUUACUUGACAAAUCUAGAUCUGCUCAAGACACACGUCUUCCACAUGGCAACUGUUGUAUAUUGUAGAACAGUAGCUUGCUGUAUAAGUAAUCAGAAUCGCAUGUAGCCAAUACGUUUUAAUGUAGCUUGGUACAACCAUACAACAGUGUCUCAGAAUAUACCAUUUCACAAUAUGCAAACAACAUUAUUUUAGGUAUUAUUGAAUAACCAAAUAUAAACUGAUCUAAUUUGAUGCAUGUACAAAUUUCUACUGUACGGGUAAAAUAAGCAAAUGAAUAGAUAUUCCUGUUAGUAGAAUUCCAGAUGUGUCAUAAAUUCUGAAAUUUGUUACUGGAUGAAACAAAGGCCCCCUGUGAUAGACCUAGAAAAUGUUUGUAUACAUGUUGCUUUGUCUGGUAUAUGGACAUGGUGAAAUGCUACUUCCGAUCAUACAGGCUUUACUCCACACUUCACGGCCACGUAUUCCAUGGGUAAUAUUUAUGUCUAUUUCCUGUGCCUGUGUGUACUUCACCUGUUGUAUUGCAGUCCCGUCUACCUGCACAGAUGUACAUGUAGCCUCUGAGGGUGCCUAUCACAUUUCUACCCUUUGUUAUGCAAAUGUUGUCAAGCUUUAUUGACGUGCAUUUUUAUCAUUCUAGCCAACCCCCAGCAAUACAUUCUAAUGGUUGUUGAGCAUUGUAGUGGACGUUAUAGUGUUGACUUCCUCAUUUAUAUAUGUAAAAUAAAUUAUGUCAUUUUUA